AUGUAUCCUCCAGAGUCUCUGUUCCAAAUUCCGAGUGGCGAAACCCCGCCAACCAGUCCAUUGAAUAGCUCAAAGUCUAGUCCAAUUCUCCCAAAGGUCGAUUAUGCUGAAGCUUUCACUCGCGUCUACCAUGAUAGCCCCCAAAGCUCUUCUCCACCUAGUAGCCUUUGUCCCUCAUCACCCCCAGCAUCCGUCACUUCGCUUGGACAUGCUGAUGUUGGUCCACCUACUACAAAAAAGCGGGGUGGAAUACGUUCAAAGCAGAAUUUGCAGUCCAGCUACCACCCUUAUGUCCGGAAAACUCCCCCCACUCCGCAGGCCGAGCGUAAGAUGGCAAACGUGAUGGGAAGAUUAAGAUUGACUGGCGGUAUGGAUUCAGACCUUGACGAUGAUAUGACCUGCAAAAUAUUCUCUCAGGGCUUGCAGCGGCUGUCUUCUGAAGGAAUGCGCCAUGCCGCUUAUUACAAGGAGGCAGAACUUGAAUAUCACCGGCAUCUUUCAAUGGCUUUGGCUUGGGAGGCAGAGAAACUCUCGAGGCUCAGAGAUUUCAUUGAUUGUGAGCAACAGGAGCAGGAGGGACAAAGCAUUCGGGCAUUUGAGGAGGCAGAGCUCUUUACACGCAUGGUGGCUGAUCGCGACGCAGGGCGUGCUUCCCAGGAUCUCGAGUUCAUCACUUCAAUCCAACAAGAAGAGGCAGCAAGGGUCAAACAGUUGAAUAGUGAACUUGAUGAGCUGGACAUAUUCCUUUCCCCGGACACACAGGCGACUUCAGACCUCGAGCAACAGCGCCGAUGUGAAUCAGAGUAG